AUGACCAGUAAUAAUGACAAUACAAGCGCCUACAUAUACACCCGUAUCUACAACAUCACCAGUAAAACUGACAACACAAGCGCCUACACAUACCUCGGCAUCUACAACAUCACCAGUAAUACCGACAUUACAAGCUCCUACACUUACACGCGCAUCUACAACAUACCAAUCCGCAUCUACAACGUCACCAGUAAUACCGACAAUACAAGCACCUACACGUACACCCGCAUAUACAACGUCACCAGUGAUACUGAAAACACAAGCGCCUACACAUACACCCGCAUCCACAACAUCGCUGUUAUACAGACAAUACAAGCGCCUACACAUACACCCGCAUAUACAACGUCACCAGUAAAACUGACAAUACCAGCUCCUUCACACACACACCCGCAAUACAACGUCACAAGUAAUACUGACAACACAAGCUGCUUCACGGUCAACCGCACAUACAACGUCACCAGUAAUACCGACAAAUCAAACGCCUACACAUACACCAUCAUUUACAACAUCACCAGUAAUACCGACAGUACCAGCGCCUACACAUACACCCGCAUAUACAACAUCACCAGUAAUACUGACAACACAAGCGCCUACUCAUACACCCGAAUAUACAAUGUCACCAGUAAUAGUGACAGUACAGGCGCCUACACAUACAACCGCAUUUACAACAUCACCAGUAAAACCGACAAUACAAGCGCCUACACAUAUUCCCGCAUCGACACCACCAGUUUUACGGACAAAAGCAGCGCCUACACAUACAUCUGCAUUGACAUCACCAGUUAUACUGACAAUACCAGCGCCUACACAUACACCCGCAUAUACACGUCACCAGUAAUAUUGAGAAUACAAGCGCCUACACAGACACCCGCAUAUACAACGUCAUCAGAUAAUACUAACAACACAAGCGCCUACACAUACCUCGGCAUCUACAACAUCACCAGUUAUACUGACAACACAAGCGCCUACACAUAUCUCGGCAUCCACAAUAUCACCAGAAAUACUGACAACACAAGCGCCUACACAUACCUCGGCAUCUACGCCAUCACCAGUACUACUGACAAAACAAGCGCCUACACAUACACCCGCAUAUACAACGUCAGCAGUAUUUCUGACAACACAAGCGCCUACACAUACACCCGCAUAUAUAACCUCACCAGUAAUGCUAACAACUUAAGUGCCUAUACAUACACCUGCAUAUACAACGUCACCAGUAAUUCUGACAACACCAGCUGCUACACAUACACCCGCAUAUACAACGUCACCAAUAAUUCUGACAACACAAGCUGCUACACAUACACCUGCAUAUACAACGUCACCAGUAAUACUGACAACACAAACUGUUACACAUACAACCGCAUAUACAACGUCACCAGUAAUACUGACAAUACAAUCGCCUACACAUACAACCGCAUAUACAACGUCACAAGUAAAACUGACAAUACCAGCUCCUACACAUACACCCGCAUAUACAACGUCACGAGUAAUACCGACAGUACAAGCGCCUACAUAUACACCCGCAUCUACAGCAUCACUAGUAAUACCGACAGUACAAGCGCCUACACAUACACCCGUAUCUACAACGUCACCAGAAGUACUAACAAUACAAGCGCCUACACAAACACCCGCAUAAACAAAGUCACGAGUAAUACUGACAACACAAGCGCCUAUACAUACACCCGCAUGUACACUAUCACCAGUAAUAACGACAGUACAAGCGCCUACACAUACACCCGCAUAUACAACGUCACCAGUAAUACCAACAAUACAAGGGUCGACACAUACAUCCGCAUCUACAACGUCACCAGUAAUACUGACAACACAAACUGCUACACAUACACCCACAUCUCCUACACAUACACCCGCAUAUGCAACGUCACGAGUAAUACCGGCAGUACAAGCGCCUACAUAUACACCCGCAUCUACAACAUCACUAGUAAUACCGACAGUACAAGCGCCUACACAUACACCCGUAUCUACAACGUCACCAGAAGUACUAACAAUACAAGCGCCUACACAAACACCCGCAUAUACAAAGUCACGAGUAAUACUGACAACACAAGCGCCUAUACAUACACCCGCAUGUACACUAUCACCAGUAAUAACGACAGUACAAGCGCCUACACAUACACCCGCAUCUACAACAUCACUAGUAAUACCGACAGUACAAGCGCCUACACAUACACCCGUAUCUACAACAUCACCAGUAAUACCGAAAGUACAAGCGCCUACACAUACACCCGCAUAUACAACGUCACCAGUAAUACCGACAAUAGAAGCGUCGACACAUACAUCCACAUCUACAACAUCACCAGUAAUACUGUCGAUACAAGCGCCUACACAUACAACCGCAUUUACAACACCACCAGUUAUUCUGACAACACAAGCACCUACACAUACCUCGGCAUCUACAACGUCACCAGUAAUACUGACAAUCCAAGCGCCUACACAUACCUCGGCAUCUACAACAUCACCAGUAAUACUGACAAUACAAGCGCCUACACAUACCUUGGUAUCUACAACGUCAAUAGUAAUACUGACAAUACAAGCGCCUACACAUACCUCGGAAUCUACAACGUCACCAGUAAUACUGACAAUCCAAGCGCCUACACAUACUUCGGCAUCUACAACAUCACCAGUAAUACUGACAAUAUAAGCGCCUACACAUAA